AUGUCCUCAACAGUAGUGAUUGAAGACCUUCCUGUGCUGGAGCAGCCCAAGCGGACUCGCAAAACUCACAACAAGGUUAGGACGGGAUGCCUUACUUGCAAGAUUCGACGAAAGAAGUGCGAUGAAGAAAAGCCUCAUUGUCGCCGGUGUACGAGUACUGGUCGCAAGUGCGAUGGGUACCCGCGACAGUCGCCGCCGCCGUCCACUUCUUCAGCAGAGUCACCUACUCAAGUCUCAGAGCCUGAUCCGAAACGCCAGAAGACCAACACUGUCUGCAAAAUAGUUAUUCCACCACUACCGCAAGCCAACGAUAAAGUGAGCACCACUUCAGAGGCUCUUCAACUUCACCGACCUCCAUCAAAUGUCAUGUUCAAUACCGACAAUGACUUUUACUGCUUCGACUUCUUCCGCUCACGUACGGGACCCGAAUUUGCCGCCUACUUUGAUAGUUCUAUCUGGCGGACCUAUGCUGUGCGAGCAUGCCUCCAGCAUCCGACCGUCCUGGCUGCAGCCGCCGCUGUAGGAGCUGUGCAUCGGAGAUUCGAGCUAGGAAUAUCAAAGGAAGCGUUCGAAUACUGCGACCUCUCGGACAAAUUGUACCAAAAGGCGAUGCGAAUGCUGUCAAACGAUAUGGCAUCGGACCAUCCCAGCGUCGCGGAGAUCAAUAUGAUGACGAUGAAGCUGUUCAGCGUGUUUGAGACCUUUCAAGGAAAUUACGAUAUGGCGCAGAUGCACAUGACAGCCGGGCUGAAGGGACUGUUGAGUCAGAACCUGCGCACAACAUACAAAGAUACACAGUACCGCACUGUGGAUCUAACGUACGAGAGUCUCCGCAGACUCUUCCUCAAACUCGAACUGGAAUCUGUUCGAUUGUUUGGUAAAGUAGCCAAGAUUCUGAGCGACCCUGAAGAAUCAACACCGGAUCCAUCCUUGAACCCCUUCGCACCCGAAUCCAACUCUUACCUAGCCGACCCAAACCCUUAUCCUAUCCCACGAGCUUUCACGUCGCUCUCACAGGCGCGCGACGUUUUGUUCACCGAGGCGAAGUGGAUAUGGCACACCUGGACGCUCUUGGAACAGGGCAUGUUGAUCGGAUCGGGCUUCUCCCGGCAUCAGACACACAUAUCCCGGCUGCUGCAGUGGUCCAUGGCCUACGCCGAGUGGUCGAAGAAGGAAGACACUAAACGCAGCUCGCAAGACCGACACGGGGCACAUUUGCUCAAGGCGUACCGCGAGGCAGCAUACCUCUUGCUGUUGACGCAGAUGGCCUUUCACUCGCCGGAGACAGGCGAGGUGAUUGUGCCGCUGUGUGAUCCUCCCGAAACGUGCGACUGCCACAAAUCAUGUCGCACGUAUGCGGAGAGGAAGGAGGCGUUGAACGCGCAUUUCGCUAGGCUAUUGGUGCUCAGUGAGAGUAUAUUCAACAGCUCGUCGUUCUUUGCGUACGAGCAACACUCGAUCAGCAUGGAUAGUGGGAUCGGUCCGCCGCUGUAUCUCGGGAGUUCGCGGUGUCGGUCGACCAAGGUCCGGCACCAAGUCACGAGUUUGCUUGAAGAGAGCGAAAUCCAGAGACGUGUGUGGGAUACCUUGGGCGUGUACUCGAUUGCGGAAAAGUUGUCGAGCAUCGAGGAGCAUGCUGUUGUUGGGUGUGGAGCUGUGCCGCACGAGUUAGAGCCCAAGUGGGUGGACAUUACUUUCUUUCUGGACGAGAGAAGGGCGUUGCUGAGGUACUGUACGCCCGAUAGGGAGGGACAAGCUGCGAAGAUCAGAGGGACUGGAUUGGUGACAGAGCGGUUUACUGGGAGUGGGAGCGGUGGGUUGGUGUGGACUCAGGAAUGGAUUGCAUUUUAA